GGGUUUGCGAGCCUCUGAGCCCGGGCUAUCUCCCCUCACCAAGCCCGCUCCGCCUCGGGCGCGGCACGGCGAUGCCGGGCAGCAGGGAGGACGCUGGAUGGCUUUUCUGCAGAGGGAUGGCGUGCGGCAGCCGCAGCGGACGCAGCAAGAGGCAAGUGCUGUUGUUUAUUCUGGGCGUUUGCGUGUGUCAGAGCGCGGCCGAAAGCCUCCGCUAUUCUCUGGCGGAGGAAAUGGAGAGGGACUCCUUUGUGGGCAAUAUUGCCAAGGACCUGGGCGUUGCUCCGAGCCAGCUCGCGGCUCGCAAAGCCCGCGUUGUGUCCGAGGGGAACGAGCAGCUUUUCCGCCUCAAUCAGAACACCGGGGUGCUGACGGUGACCGAGUCGCUGGACCGAGAGCAGCUCUGUCCGCAGAGCGACACCUGCACCCUCUUCUUUAAGAUAUUCUUUGAAAAUCCGCUGCAGCUGGUCAGAGGGGAGGUGGAGGUACGGGACGUGAACGACAACUCCCCCGUGUUCCCUGAGAAAGACAUUGUUAUAGAGAUUCUAGAAAUCGCAUCUCCCGGGUCCCGAUUCCCUCUGGUAAGUGCCCGUGACAAGGACGUGGGCAGCAAUGGCUUGCAGAACUACAGCCUCGAAUCGAACUCGCAUUUCUCCCUCGCUCUCAGAAGAGGAAAAGACGGAAUAGAAUAUGCAGAGCUCGUCCUAGAUCAGCAGCUGGACAGGGAAGAGCAGCCGGAGCUGAAUUUAGUCCUAACCGCAACAGACGGGGGCUCGCCACCGAGGACGGGCACAGCUCUGAUCCGAGUCGUUGUUCUGGAUGUCAAUGACAACGUCCCUGUCUUCGGCCAGGAGGUGUACGAUGUGCGCUUGUCCGAGAACAGUCCCCGAGAUCAGCUGGUGGUCAGAGUCACUGCCUCGGAUUCUGACGAAGGGAGUAACGGGAAAGUGCGAUACUCCUUCAGCCAGAUAGCAGAGAGGUCCCGACAGCUGUUCGAACUGAACCCUGACACUGGAGAGAUUCGAGUCGGGGGUGACUUGGACUUCGAAGAAGCGAAAAUCCACAAGAUGAUGGUUAGAGCGACAGACGGUGGGGGCCUCUAUCAGCACUGUAAAGUACAGGUGGAGGUCCUGGACGCUAACGACAACGCCCCGGAGAUCGCGCUCACCUCCCUCACCGCCUCCAUUCCCGAGGACGCCCCGCCACGCACCGUCGUGGCUCUGUUCAGCGUGCGGGACCGCGACUCCGGCGACAACGGCAGGACGGAGUGCACCAUCGACGCCGACUUGCCCUUCAGCCUCAGCCCCACUUUCGAGAACUACUACGAGCUGCGAACAAACGCGGCGCUGGACAGGGAGCGCACGGCAGCCUAUAACAUCAGCAUCACAGCCACGGACUGGGGCGCGCCGCGGCUCAGCUCCUCGCAAACGCUCUUCGUGCGUCUCUCGGACGUGAACGACAACCCGCCCCGGUUCACCCAGGACGUCUACAGCAUGUCGGUGACGGAGAACAACAGCCCCAUGCUCCGCAUCGGCAGCGUGAAGGCCACGGACGCGGACGCGGGAAGAAACGCGCGCGUAAGCUACGCGCUGGUGCGGCAGGAGGGCAAGGAGCAGCCCGAGGUGUCGGUGAACUCGGAGAGCGGCGACGUCUACGUGCUGCGUCCGCUGGACUACGAGGCGGUGCGCGCGUUCGAGGUGGCGGUGCGCGCUGCCGACGGCGGGUCGCCGCCGCUCAGCGCCCAGGCGGUGCUGCGCGUGGUGGUGCGGGACGACAACGACAACGCGCCCGUCGUGCUGCACCCGGCCGCCGAGCCCAGCGCGCAGGCGGCAGCUCCGUUGGAGCUGGUGCCGCGCUGGGCGCAGGCGGGCUACCUGGUGGCCAAGGUGGUGGCGGUGGACGCGGACGCGGGGCAGAACGCGUGGCUGUCGUACGAGCUGGCCAAGGCGACGGAGCCGGCGCUGUUCCGCGUGGGGCUGCACAGCGGCGAGGUGCGCACGGCGCGGGCCGUGGCCGAGCGCGACGCGCCCCGGCAGCGCCUCGUCGUGCUGGUGCGGGACCGCGGGCAGCCGCCGCGCUCCGCCAGCGCCACCCUCGGCAUCGCGCUGGUCGACGGCUUCUCCGACGCCCAGCUGCGGGCGGGCGACGAGGCGCCGGCCGCGCAGCUCGACGACCCGCUGACGCUCUACCUCGUGGCCUCGCUGGCCUGCGUGUCCGCGCUCUUCCUGGCCACCGCCGUGGCCGCCGGGGCCGUGAGGCUGCGGCGGGCCCGGCGGAGCGCGGCCGACAGCUUGCCCACCUUCCCGCAGCCGGCCGCCGACAGCGACGCGGGCUCCCUGCCCCGCAGCUACAUCUACGACGUCUGCCUCGCCGCCGGCACCGUCAACAGCGAGUUCCGCUUCCUCAGGCCCCUCUUCCCCUGCCUCCCCGCCGGCCUGCCCGCCGCGCCGCCGGAGCAGCGGAGCUCGCUGUGCUCGCAAGAGCCGGCCAACCUCGGCGAAGACGGCGACUGGGCUGCACAGGGCAGAGCUGCCUUUUCCGAGAACACCGCUCUCAGAUCUGCAGCAGCAGCUUGCCCUACAAACCGGGCCAUGGAACCCAAUGGCCUUUCUGAUCAAAGCCCUUGGCUCACCCAUUAGUAACUGAAGUGAAAGACGAGCACGUCCAUCCUGCGAGAGAAAAGACAAAAAGAAGUCAAAGACCGAAUGAAAAAGCACCAGGGCGGGACAAAGUUUCUCUCUAAAAGAAAAAUCUCUCUCACCCCUUGAGCAGUACUUUGCUCAUGAAGGUUUCUGAUUUUUCCUUGUGCUGUGAGUGGAGGAUUGUGUUGCAUGUUGACUACACUGAGACUUGAUGUGCCUGUGACAGUGCUCCUGCUUCUGGAUAUUAAGGAAAGUAUAAGGUACUGGUAGCAGGUGUUCACGAUCACUUGUCCCCACUCCACCUUUUCUCUCUUGCUUUGUUGUUUCUGGCUUUCUUGUUGCGUUGGUUGGUUUGUUUUUCUUAUGAAGACGACUCUGUAAUAAUCUCUUAAUUGUCUGCAGGCUUUUCAGUACCAUAACAAUCAGAUAUUAAGUAAAUUAAGUGAUGUUUGCUAGACAUUCCUUAGCAACAAGGAACUACUGAUUACAUGGGAACCGGCUGACACGUAACCUGAAGAUUACAGGUUCUCUCUAAGGAAUGAGAUUUGAUCAAUUUAUUGUUCUCUUUCUUCUUUCGUUACAACACUUGAAAUGAAUAUUUCAAGAUGUUUGAGUGUAAGGCCCUAGAAAUUUAGUCAUACUAAUUGUGAUUUUGAAGUCAGAGGCUAAAGCCUUGGCAGAAAACUCCGGGCACUGUACAUUAUAAGGCGUCAAAUAGCAUUUCCCUUUUUUCUUUGUAUUACAGAACGGUCUAGAAGGUUAUGUGAUGUUUGCAAUUGCCCACACAUUUGU